AUCAAGACAUCGCAAGUCAAGCACGAGCCUUGGUGCCAGAAGCGGCACACCGUCGAGCCCAAACUCGCCUAGAAGCUGAUGAAUGGGAUGCACCAGUCUACGACCACCAAGCUCUCACAAAGCAAGGGGGCAUAUCCAUCGCCCCAAAAAAUUCAAUCGCUGAAAUUGUUCAGAGAAUUGGGUAUACAACCAAUCCCGUGGCUCUCGUUGUCACAGAGCCCCCAGAGGCUCUAGGGCUCAGGGGCUACCCCAGGAAAAAAGUCACUUGCACAGUGUCUUAUAUCAAUGACCAAGGUGAGCGCUCCACAACGCAAGUUCAGAAAUUUCUUAUUCAGCUUGGCUUUGGAGCAGAAGUGUCCCAAACUUUCCAAGGACCGAAAGUUCAGAUCAUGACCACCAUGAGACCAAUGAUUGCAAAAUUCCCUCCAAGACACCAUUGGCCGACAGGCCAAAUUCCCGCAUCAACUGUUGCUCAAGAAGUAGAACAGCAUAUCCCACGCCAUGCUUUUGAUGACAUUAUCUCCAGAGAAUCGCAAAGUGCAGCGCUUUUGGUGCACAUGGACUACAUCAAUGCCCUACUUCGAGCUUCAGGUGUCAACGGUGCGUUUUACAAACUGAGGAUGUCAGAACAAGAAUCACCAAUGGAACUUCUGUGGCUCCCUGACGAAUUUGACCUUCCCGGAGCAUUAGCUCUAGCCAAAAACGAUGGUGCGUAUGGUGUGGUGGAAAAAGGCAAAGAAGCCGCCUAUCGAUAUGCAAUCCGAUUUAGAACAGUGGAAGCACUCCAAGAAUUUGCAACGAAGCACUCGGUGCCUGACACCAGCCACCUGGGGCGUUGGCGUCUUUCUGGGGCACACACCGCAAUUGGCAUUCAUGGAUGUCUCGCAUUCUUAACGGCACACAGCUGGGAGGAAGUGCAGAUAUUGUUUCUCAAGCAGGAUGAAAUCAUUUUCUUGGCGUCAAAAUGCGGGCAGCUAGGCCCGAUGCACUAUGAAUUCGAUGGCUCCAUGAGACAACUUCGUUUCAAAGCGCUCAAUAAAAGAGCUGAAUUUCUCUCCAAAGAAGCCAGCCAAGCAUCGCGAACAACGACCACCCGUGUGAAUCGCAGAACUGAUGCACGUGUGUCGCAAGAAGCAUUCUUGAAACAAGUGAUGCCUGAUUCAUCAACUGCACCUGGAAAAGAACAAGCGAAAAGACCUACGGUUGCAAAAACUGGGGACACUCCAGAACCAAAGGCCACGAAAUUCGCACUCGCUCCGCUUCGCAUCGAGGCCAGAUCCUGUUUCAUGAACAAAGAUUACAUCCUAAAGUGGUACACGACGCUGCCACGUGUUCGUCAAGAAAAGACCUUAGAUAACUUGUCUGCAGUAGAACAGUGGCUGUCCAGUGAUCAUCUGGCCCAGUUCGAAGCACUUAUUGCCCAACCUUUUUCCAAUCAUAUUGGUUUGCAACUCGCAGCGCUACUCGAGAAGGCCAUCGAAGAGAAUGAUCGCGCAGACAAACAAGCGCGUAUCUUGAAAUGGAAGCAGUCUCUGCGCCGAGCAAACCGGGCUGCUCUCAGCGAUUUGGAACAGGAUGUGCUCGGAAUCACCGAACUACUGGUAAUCCCUCCAGCAGCUCGGGCCUAUCACAUCGACGCGGUGUCCGUUGAGAAUGUGUGCACCAUGAGUGAUCACGCGACCUUUGGGCAAGGUGCACAUCAGAUGUGUACAGAUGUGUCCGAACUGCGUAAAGUUAGGUUUACAAUGCCCCGAAUGAAGGAAUGGUUCAUUGCGCUAGAUGCAAGCGUCAAUGGAGAUGGAAGGUUUUGGGACCCUGCAGGCUUCACGCAGUGCAAGUUCAACUCUCAAUCCUGUAUGGAUGAAUGCCACGGAAAGGAGUCUCUCAGCUUGUGCUGGGUCACUCCGACAAGUUCACUACAUGCUGAUUCUGCUGAUGAAGGCCUACGGGUUUUCGACCAGAUCACAACUCAGAAAGCCACCUCCAAAGUCCUGAAGAACGGCAUGCAGCUAUUUAGGGUGCAUCGCAGGUGGUUCAUCAGCCGGUUGACGGAAAACAAGUUGAUUCACAUCUUGUACGGAAAUAUGCAGCCGAACAGAAAAGGCAGCUCUAAAGGAAAGAAAGGUGCCGAAAGAGACCUUGUGACUGACCCAGACGAAGCCUUUCGUUUAGAGAUCAGCUCCAGUUUGCCGGAAGCCGCAAUGAUCUGGACGCAACCUCGUCUCUUUGACGCCGACUGGACCGUACCAUGUCGCAAUGCCUUCGAGUUAUCCUCUGAAGAAGGUGAUUUGGUGUCCAUUUCUGACACGAUGAUCAAGAUGAAUGCUAAGUUGGACGGCCUCACGCCUGCAAUUGGCUCAGCUGGAGCAAUUCAAUUCUUAGAAGCUCAUGGAUGGACUGUGGAGGUCAUUCAGCCAGCAGCUCUUCAAUGCUUCCACGUCAGGGCAUUGGAUGAGCAUGUGUGCAACGAGUGGGAUGGCGGUAUUCCAUCCUGCUCAUCCAAGCCCGCUUCCAAGACGGAUUGUGCUGGCAAGAAGGUUGGUCGCUCAACGAAGUUUGGGGUUGACGUGAAGGCAGAGGCACCGAAGCAAUG